GAAACUGGAAACACUAAAUUGACAUCUUUCAAAAUUGCAAGAACUUUAACUUUAACAUUACGUAAAUCAGCGAGCAAAAAUUUCAUAAGUGCAAGGAUUGAGGAGGAAAAAUGUUGAAAGUAGCAAGUACUGUAAGGUUUAUCACAAAAAGGGGCAAUAAUGUUCGCGCCCUAGCCACAGCCGCCGCCUACAAGCAGGCCCUCGUCAACGUUCCUCCGACGCAGCUUACAGUACUCGACAAUGGGAUCCGCGUUGCCUCUGAAGAUUCCGGCGCCGCUACUGCCACUGUGGGGCUCUGGAUUGACGCCGGAUCCAGGUACGAGAACUCUAAAAACAAUGGUGUCGCCCACUUCCUAGAGCACAUGGCUUUCAAAGGGACCAGCAAAAGGUCCCAGACCGACUUAGAGCUCCUCGUCGAGAACAUGGGCGCACACUUGAACGCGUACACAUCUCGGGAGCAGACAGUGUUCUACGCUAAAUGUCUCGCUAACGACGUUCCCGCUGCCGUAGAAAUCCUUGCUGACAUCAUUCAAAACUCUUCGCUCGCUGAACCCGAAAUCGAACGAGAACGUGGCGUCAUCCUUCGCGAAAUGCAGGACGUCGAGAGUAACUUGCAAGAAGUGGUGUUUGACCAUUUGCACGCCACCGCGUUCCAAGGCACUCCUCUAGGACAGACAAUCCUUGGACCCACCAAAAACAUUAAGAAAAUCUCCAAAGCUGAUCUCCAGCAGUACAUAAAAACUCACUACCAGCCGAGCAGGAUUGUACUGGCGGGUGCCGGUGGCAUUGAGCACAGUAAAUUGGUAGAUUUAGCCGGCAAGAACUUGGGUGGUCUGAAAAACACUGCUACUGAUGUUGAGCUACUGCCUUGCCGCUACACCGGCUCAGAUAUCCGUGUAAGAGAUGAUUCAAUGCCUCUCGCUCACGUCGCAAUUGCGGUUGAGGGAGCUGGUUGGACAGAUGCUGAUAACAUUCCUUUGAUGGUUGCAAACACUCUUAUCGGAGCUUGGGACAGGUCUCAGGGUGGUGGCGCUAAUAAUGCCUCAUACUUAGCUAGAGCAGCAUCUUGUGAGAACCUCUGCCAUAGCUUCCAGUCCUUCAACACUUGCUACAAGGACACAGGGCUGUGGGGCAUCUACUUUGUAGCUGAGCCAAUGCAGAUUGAAGACAUGGUGUACAAUAUUCAGAAGGAAUGGAUGAAGCUGUGCACAUCAGUGACUGAAGGAGAGGUUGAUAGAGCUAAGAACCUUCUCAAGACUAACAUGUUACUCCAACUGGAUGGAACUACACCAGUGUGCGAAGACAUCGGUCGUCAAAUCUUAUGCUACAACAGGCGUAUCCCCCUACAUGAGCUGGAUGCAAGGAUUGACUCAGUCUCUGUACAGAAUGUCAGAGAUGUUUGCUACAAAUACCUUUUCGACCGCUGCCCCGUUGUGGCGGCAGUCGGCCCUACAGAAGCUCUGCCAGACUACACCAGAAUCCGUGCUGGCAUGUACUGGCUCAGGGCGUAAACUCAUAACUAUAAAUAUUAUAUUAGUAACAAUUCAAAUCACUUGAGUUAAAACCAUUAAAGAGCUCAGCCAAAUGUCUUUGUUUUAUUACAAUAAAACACUUGUCUUUGG